CAAUAAAGCGGAAAACAUGGAGUAGUAGAUACGGCGCCACUGUCCGUUUAAACAAACAACACUACACACACACACACGUACGGAAAGGGGCAGAUACACAGAAAUAAAAACCCCACAAUAUGUCCAUCUGGUCAUUUGUUUAUGACUGUCUCCUUGACGAACACAGGGUGGCGCCAUUUCCCCGUUUUUUGUCACUCACACAGUCUGAUAAAAAUGAACAUGUAUGCUGCGCCCAGUGCCGGGAUUCCAGGCUGUCCACCAGGACUAGAAUACCUCACUCAGGUGGAUCAGCUCCUCAUCAAACAGAAAGUGGAGCUUGUUGAAGCCCUUGUCGGUUUCGAAAGCAACAACAAGUACGAGGUCCGUAACUCCAUGGGUCAGAACGUGUUCUACGCCGUCGAGGAGAACGACUGUCUGAGUCGACAGUGCUGCGGUCCCGUGCGCUCCUUCACCAUCCACAUCCUGGACAACUUUGGACAGGAGAUCAUCACCAUCACCAGACCACUCAAGUGCAUGUCCUGCUGCUUCCCCUGCUGUUUGCAAGAGCUGGAGGUGCAGUCUCCCCCCGGGAACACAGUGGGGUACGUUAUGCAACAGUGGCAUCCGUUCUCCCCGAAGUUCAUCGUCACCAACGAGAACUGCGAGCCCGUGCUGAAAAUCCACGGGCCCUUUUGCGGAUGGAGCUUCCUUCCCGAUGUUGACUUUGAGAUUCUGACCAUGGACGAAGUCAGCAAGAUCGGUAAAAUCAGUAAGCAGUGGACGGGACUUCUGCGGGAGGUGUUCACGGAUACGGACAACUUUGGCAUCCAGUUCCCCAUGGAUCUGGACGUGAGGAUGAAGGCCGUGAUGAUCGGCGCGUGUUUUCUCAUCGAUUUCAUGUUCUUUGAGUCUUCUAACUAGGAGCCAAACGACUUCUGUGAGAGCGAACAAUUAUUCCUGGAGGACCAAGGCCACAAAGCCACGACGAUCAGCUUGGAAACACCAAACAACCUUCAAACAGACAGUAUAAAUGUUAGAAAUUGUGCAUGAGCAUUGAAACGGGAGGUGUGUUGUAGUCUUUAGCUGCUCAGAUCGGCCGGGGGCCGUGAGUGCAAAGAGUCUUUUCUUAGACGAACGUUGCAACCGACAAAGGGAAAGAAAAUGUUUCACUGUUAGAAAGGGGAGAUGUCACACUUUAUAGAAGAGGUAUUAAACGUUAUAGUUUGUAUGCGGAGAGAGUCAGCGUUGUGUGGUCUGGCCAGACGAACGGAAGAUAUUUAUUUAUAGCCUAGAGAACACUAUGUUUGUAGCUAUAUUAUGAGAAAUGACCGUCUCAUGUGAUGCAUUCGUUUGCAGUUUUUCAAUGCUAUUAUUUAUUUUUUAAAUUGUAGAGCAGUGUGCGUGCGUGCGUGCGUGCUUGCACUGUUGUGUGUGUGUGUGCUUUCAAGUGCACUUGUGUAACAACAAAAACAUAAAAACUAUUACAUCACAAUCAAGGUUACAGUAUAUUACCUAGGCCAUACUGAUUAUGCAUUGUUAAUUUGACGUGCCGUUCCAGUCUUGUCCAAAAGAGGGAGCUAGCAUGACGCGUAAGAUUAAUAACCCAGUACUGCUGACAAUUGUACUCACUCACUCGCUCGCUCACUACUUCCUUGUGCCACAGGUUUUUAUUCAAAUAUUAGUGUAUAUUUUUGGACAAACUCAGGUUGAAACGCAUGCUAUUGUAAAAAAUAGUGUUUGUCUACUGCUGGCUGCACAUUUUGGCCUGGUACGAUCAAUAUAAGUAUAUUUUGGAGGAUGUUUUGUACGUUAAAUCACGUAGUUAUAUGACAUAUUAUGCAUAGGUUUCCUGGUACAUGCUGUCAUUGUGAAUAUUUCCACCUAUUACCUUUAUUUUAUGAUUGGGUUAAUCUUAGCUCGUGUUAUUAGCUUUUGUUAUUUGCCAUGUAAGACUCUGGAAACCUGUUAAAGCAUCUCUCUAAAUUCUUUAUUAUAAGUAUGAAAUCAUGGAAGGCUUUUAUUUUUCUAUGACGUAAACUGCCAGCAGGGGGAACUAAAGUUCCCAGUAUAGUCUUAACAUUUUGUUGUUAAUUUCCCCGCCCAUAUACUGACAUGUGUUUGGAGAGUUACCACAAGUGAAUUAACCUUUUAGAACCUUGAUUUUAAGACUAAAACAAUAUGACUAUGAGUAUUUAAAAAUGUUUGUUUUCCGUUAUUAUGGCUGAUGUGAAAAUAAAGUAUUUAUGUAAAUUU